AUCGCGGUUCAAGUUUCCAAUAUGGCCGACAAACUUUUGUCAACUAUAUUAGUUGGUUCUGACAUUGAUGCGAACAUUAUCGUCAAAAGUAUAGUUGAAACUCAACAUUUUUGGUUUAAAAUAAAAUAGGCGUUGUCUUGUCUUUGGAUGAUACCAUUGAAACGUAUAUCUGUUUUCUAGCGGUCUUUACUGUCUUGUGUCUUUAUAAAUCAUCAAAGCUUUGGUGCUAACGUCUCCGUCAUUGAUACAUUACUUUGUCUAAUCGAAAACAUUUGUUGGUUAUUUUUAGAGUUCACAUUGGCCAUUUGUUGAUUGAUACCAAAUGUGGUGGGCUAACAAACACAUUGAAUUGAAUUACAACGAAUUGAACCCAAUGUUAAUUUCUAUAUGCUUUUAUUUUUAAUACAGUGAAAAUUAAUUUAAAAAAUUUCAAUCCUUUAAAACAUCUUCUGGUUCUCUUUGUUGAAUCAAGAACCAAAGAGGAUGAAUUUCUUUAUUUUGUUAUCGAUUUUAUUAUUUCAAAAUUAUGGCCAUGUUAAACCACAAGUAUUAAAUCCGCCAUAUUUUAAUAUCGCAGAAGGCCGAAAUAUAACUGCUACUGCUACUUGUGGUGAAAAUGUUCCGGAACCGGAACUAUACUGUAAGAUUGUAGGAUCGAAUCGACUUGAAGAAUCAGAAAAUUUCAACCUGAUUGAAGGUCAGGCAUGUGAUUAUUGCGAUCCAGAUGAUCCAAGACGGGCACAUCCACCUCAGUUUGCUAUUGAUGGUACCGAAAGAUGGUGGCAAAGUCCUCCACUUUCUCGCGGAGCUCAAUAUAGCAAAGUUAAUCUUACACUCGAUCUAGGACAAGAAUUCAAUGUUGCAUAUGUUUUUAUCAAAAUGGGAAACUCGCCACGACCUGGAGUCUGGAUUCUGGAAAGAUCAAGAGAUUAUGGUCAGACCUAUACGCCUUGGCAAUAUUUCGCUGAUACACCCCAAGAUUGUAGCUAUUUUUUUGGCAAGCAUACUUUACAGCCAAUCACUAGAGAUGAUUCGUUGAUUUGUGAGACUAAAUUUUCAAAGUUGGUGCCUCUUGAAAACGGAGAAAUUGCCAUUUCACUUAUCAAUGGACGACCAAGUGCUGAUAACUUCUCAAUGUCUACGAUCUUACAAGAAUGGACUACAGCUACAAAUAUUCGAUUGAGAUUUUUGAGACCAAAGACUACUUUGGGUCAUUUACUUUCGGUUGCUCGUGAAGAACCGACUGUAACUAGGCGUUAUUUUUACAGCAUCAAAGAUAUCAAUAUCGGCGGACAAUGUGUUUGCAAUGGACAUGCUUCUCAAUGUGACCAAAGUUCACCACAAGAUCCGCUGAAAUUAUCAUGUGCUUGUCAACAUCAUACAUGUGGGAUACAGUGUGAUCAAUGUUGUAAUGGGUACCAACAAUACCGAUGGAAAAGAGCCACCAUUGAUGAUCCUUUUGUCUGUGAAAAAUGCAACUGUCAUGGUCAUUCUAAUGAGUGUUAUUUCGAUGAAGAAGUAGCUGCCAAAAAUCAAAGCAAAAACAUUUAUGGCAAAUAUGAAGGCGGUGGUGUUUGUACGAAUUGUCAACAUAAUACUACAGGAAUCAAUUGUGACAAAUGUCGUGAUGGAUUCUAUCGACCAAAAGACAAAUCAUUGGAUGCUAUUGAUGUAUGUCAACCGUGCCAAUGCGAUAUGAAUUUUUCCACUGGUAAUUGUUUCGAUGAAACUGGUGUGUGUGAGUGUAAAAAAAAUUUCCAACCACCUGAUUGCGAUCGUUGCAGCAUUGGAUAUUUCGGUUAUCCUACCUGUCAGGAAUGCCAUUGUUUCCCUAAUGGAACGCUUGGAAAUUUGUGUGAAUUACGUGAUGAAGAUGAAACUUGUCCUUGUAAAGAAGGUUAUGGAGGAAAAUAUUGCAAAGAAUGUAAACCUGGAUAUUAUGGAUUUCCAGAUUGUAAGCCUUGUGGCUGUAAUCUUAGCAAUUCGAUCGAUAAUUUUUGUGAUGCUGAGACUGGUCAAUGCAAAUGUCAAUCAAAUUUUGGAGGACUAAAGUGUCAGAAGUGUAACAAAGGCUUUUACAACUAUCCCCGAUGUGAAGCUUGUUUAUGUAUGCCAGAAGGUUCCACCGAAGAAAAAUGCAACCCUAUUACUGGUGAAUGUCACUGCCGCGAAGGUUAUGAGAAAGGUUACUGUGGCAAAUGUUCCGAGGGAUAUUAUGGAUUUCCGGAUUGUAUCAAAUGCGAUUGUAAUAUGGAAGGCUCAACAUCCGCUUCUUGUGACAAUAAUGGAAAGUGUAGAUGUAAAAAGAAUUUUGGUGGAACUAAAUGCAAUGAUUGUGCCGUUGGUCAUUUUAAUUUUCCAAACUGUGAGCAGUGCCGAUGCCAUUGGCGUGGUUCAACUGGACUAUCUUGCGACCACUCCGGAAAUUGCUUAUGCCAAGAAAGAUUUGAAGGUCAAAAAUGUGACCAAUGCAAGGAAGGUUAUUAUAACUUUCCUUAUUGUGAAGAAUGUAAUUGUAACCCAGCUGGUCUAGUAGCCGAAUUCGGUGGAUGUGAUAAGGUCGAGAUAGGAAAACUUUGUGAAUGCAAAGAACGGGUCAAAGGUCGAAUAUGUAACCAAUGUAAAGACUUAUAUUGGAAUCUUCAAAUGAAUAAUCCGUAUGGCUGUGAAGAUUGUCGUUGCAAUCAAAACGGAACUAUCAGUCGAAUCGGUAUUUGCGAUACAGUUACUGGUGUUUGUAUGUGUAAGACAAAUGUACAAGGUCGAACUUGUGACAUGUGUAAACCAAAUACCUAUCAGUUGAAUUCAGCUCGUCUUUUUGGCUGUGUCGAUUGUGAAUGUGAUGUUGGUGGUGCAGUCAGCUCGGAUUGUGAUAAAUUCACUGGUCUAUGUCGUUGUAAAUCCAGAAUCAAAGGCAAAACUUGUUCUGAAACAUUGGAUGCAAACUAUUUUCCCACUUUUUAUCAAUUUCAAUAUGAAACUGAAGAUUGGUACAAUCCAACGGGCUCACCUGCGAGAUUCGGCUACGAUGAAGACAUAUUUCCUAACCAUUCAUGGAGAGGAUAUGCAAUUUUCAGCCCUUUACAGAAAGAGAUAUCCACCAACAUCACUAUCACUAGAACAAGCAUUUAUAAGAUCAUUAUAAAUUAUGUUAAUAAAAAUAGCGACACAGUUAAUGGCAUUCUUAGAUUCUUGCCAAACGAAUGGAUGAAUGAAGAAGAACAGACUGUUUCGAUAGCGAUGGAACCAACUAAUCAGCCUAAAUUACUUUAUGUCACUGGUCGUCAAAUGAAUGGAAUGAUUUCAUUAGGCGUAGGACCUUGGCAGGUAUUUCUUCAAGCUGAUAAAUUCGAUCUCUACAUUGAUUAUAUCGUUUUAAUUCCACAAGCCUAUUAUGAUCCAAGCUUGUUUCAAGAAAAAAGAACUGGUCCAUGUCUUUAUUAUCCGUUGAAUAAUCUCACCUGUAUAUUGCAUUCAUAUCCCAACUAUCCAGUGAAUAGCAAACAUUUACCAGUAACUGAAGCUUUUGUUGUAAAAGAAUCGGGCCAGCAAAAGCCAUCAAUGUUUGACUCGACCGAAUAUUUGUCAAAAUUGAAAACUAAAGAUCAAUUCGCACAAAUGGAUGAAAACAAUUCAAAUUUAGAAUUCGAAUUUAUUGCCGAACAAAAUGGAACAAACUUAAUCAUUCUUAACUAUCAUACACCGGACAACCUUAAUCAAUCGAUUCACAUUUUAAUCGAAUUAACCAAUAUCAACCGUAAUCAGACAUUUGAAAGCAAGAAUAUUCUAUCAGCAUGUCCAUAUUUAUUUGUUUGUCGUCAAGCAAUAACAACUUAUGAAGGCAGAAUAUUUUCUUUCGAUGCAGUUGCAGAUGAUCCGUUCCGAUUGCGUAUUCAACUUUUGGCAAAAUAUUCAGCAAAUAUCUAUGGUGAUAAAAAACGAAGACAGUUACAAGUUUUACCAACCAAAUUGAGCGAAUCUUUAAAUGUCAACACUAUUACCAUCAUACCAUUUGAUAAUCGAUGGUCUUAUAAUUACAUUGAACCUAGUUUCGUUUGUAAUUACAAAAAUUAUGGAUGUACUACUUCCAAUUUUCCUUUAAUAUCAGAAGGAAUCAAAAUCGAAGCUGAAACUGAAAUAUUUGGACAAAAACCAGCACAAAUUGUGGAACAUCCAAACUAUAAUCAAGUCAAUCCAGGAAGUGAUACACGACCAUUAUUGGUCCAUCUGAAUGAUUCCAUGCAAUCGAUAGAUAUAAGAGGCUCUGUUCCAAAACCAGGCCCCUAUUAUUUUAUACUCAACUAUUAUCAACCUAAUAAUCCGAAAUUUAAUAUUGAUGCUUUGAUUCAAAAUGGACACCUAUAUAGUGGAGUAGCAAGCUUGGAGCAUUGUCCAAAUAAUGUCGGCUGUCGUGUAGCAUUGAAACAAAAAGAUGCUGAAUGGAAUUCCACUGCAUUUACCAUACAGAAGAAUUUCCAAAUCACAUUGAAAAUUCCGACGAAUGAAAAUUCACCUAACGUUUCUGAUACUUAUCUAGAUUAUAUUAUGGUUAUUCCUGCAGAAAAUUUUCAAGAACAAUCACUAAUCUCUGAACCAUCGGAUGGACAUAAAAACAUUAUGGCUGAAUGUAUAAAGAAUAACUACUACAUUGAUCCUAAUAAUACAAGUGAAUUUUGUCGAUCUUUGGUUUUUUCCACAACUGUCGAUUUUAAUGGAGGUGCAUUACCGUGUGAUUGUAACAUUGAUGGCUCUUUUGAUCAUAAGUGUGAAAACUUCGGGGGCCAGUGCAAAUGCAAGAAAAACGUAAUUGGUCGUGAUUGUACGCUAUGCAAAACUGGUUAUUAUGGUUUUCCCAACUGUAAGAAAUGUGAUUGUCCAUCAACAGCUAUUUGUCAUUGGAAAACAGGGGAUUGUAUCUGUCCUAAAGGUGUCACCGGUAAAGAUUGCGACAAAUGUUUGCCACUAACAUUCGGCUUCGACAGAAUAAUUGGAUGCGUCGACUGUGCUUGUAAUCCAAGAGGUGUUCAAAAUCGUGAUCUUCGAUGUAAUGUGGAAACAGGAAUUUGCUCUUGCAGACCAAACGUUAUUGGUAGACCCUGUGACAAAUGUCGACCGGGAUUUUUUGGUUUUCCCAACUGUCAACUAUGCCGAUGUGACAUCCGCGGUACAACGCCGGAAAUUUGUGACCAGAAUUCUGCCCGAUGUUAUUGUAAAAAAAAUGUUGAUGGAGCGUAUUGUGAUCGCUGCAAAACUGAUUCAUAUCACUUGGAAGAAAGCAAUCCAAAUGGUUGCACAAAAUGUUUUUGCUUUGGCAACACUGAUCGCUGUACCGGAUCUUCAAUGGUCUUUGUUCCCAUUCAAUUAAUAUCAGCGGAAAAGAUUGAUUUGCUCAAUGUAACAAGGGAUGAAAAUAUUUUGGAAAUAAAUCAAAUGAAAAUCAAUGAAGAUUAUGAAAUGGAUUACGAAUCGGAAAAAUUUCAUAUUCGAACUAGUUUUUCCAGAGAAAAACUUGAAAACAAAUUGGAUUCAUCCUCAUCAUCAAUGUAUUUAUCAUUGCCAGAUGAAUAUUUAGGCAACAAGAUAACUUCGUAUGGAGGAGAAUUUUCUUACAACAUCAUCAACAAAGUUAACAAUAAUAGAGAAUAUGAACCAGCAUCACAUAUGCCAGACAUUAUUUUUAUCGGCAAAAAUUAUACUUUGAUUUAUGAAAACAUCGAAUCACCGGUUAUUAACGAGAAAUUCAACGUCACUAUUCGAUUGCUUGAAAAAGAAUUUAAAAAAUUGGAUGACUCCCAAGUCACACGUGAACAAUUGAUGAUGACGCUUGUUGAUUUGCAAGCCAUCUAUGUUCGAGUCAAAUAUUUCGAUUCAACACAAGAUACAAUCGUCAUAGAAUUUCAAUUUCGAAUGGAGACCGCUGUAACUGGUGGAAGAAUAAUCGUCGAUCCUUUAUUGAAACGAAAAGCUACAAGCAUCGAACAAUGUCUUUGUCCACGAAAUUAUCGUGGAACAUCUUGUGAAGAAUGUGCAGAAGGAUUUUAUCGAAUUCAACAUGGACCAUAUCUGGGUGCUUGUGUUCCUUGCAGAUGUAAUGGUCAUUCGAAUACAUGUGAUCCAAUAACUGGACAAUGUUUUAAUUGCAAGUAUAAUACCGUGGGUGAUUUUUGUGAACGAUGCCAUGAUGGCUACUAUGGGGAUGCAACCCAAGGAACACCAAACGAUUGUAUGAUUUGUGCCUGUCCAUUACCGAUUGAAUCAAAUAAUUUUGCCACUAGUUGUGAAGUAUCCAGUUCUGGUUCAGUGUUGAGUUGCACCUGUAAAGACGGUUACAAUGGAACAAGAUGUGAGAUAUGUGGUGCUGGACAUUGGGGUCAGCCUCAUAUUGUUGGUCAAGGCUGCCAAAAAUGUGAAUGCAGUGGAAAUAUCGAUCCUACAGAUGACGAAAGUUGUGAUCCGUUCACUGGAAAAUGCCGAAAGUGUUUAUUCAAUUCAGCGGGAGACCAUUGUGAACGCUGUGCCGAUUAUUAUUAUGGAGAUUCGAUUGUACAGAAAAAUUGUACAGAAUGUUCCUGUAAUAAAUGUGGAUCAGAAUACUGUGACAAUAAAACGGCAACAUGCAAGUGUAAAUCGAAUAUAAUUGGCAAGGAUUGCAACCGAUGUGCUUCCGGUUUUUACGGAUUCUCAACAUGCCAAGGUUGUCAACCGUGUAACUGUGGAGAAGCAUCCCAUGACAUAAAUUGCGAUGAUUCUGGACAAUGUUUAUGUAAAACUGGUACUGCUGGGAAAACCUGUCGGACUUGCGCUUCCGGUUAUUGGGGUUACAGCAAAUAUGGAUGUACAUCUUGUGGCUGUAAUGAAAAAUAUUCACGUGUAAAACAAUGUAAUCAAUUCACUGGACAGUGUCAGUGUUUGCCCGGAGUGGUGGGCGUUAAAUGUGAAAGCUGUCCUGAUCGUUGGGUUCUUGUACCGGAAACUGGAUGUCAAGAAUGUGGCGAUUGUACACACACAUUAUUGGAUGAUGCUGAUCAGAUUGGCAAAGACAUAGAGUUUAUUGAAUCACAGACCCAAAAUACAUCCAGUUCCGUAUUGGCAUAUCGUAAAUUGAAUAGUGUUAAAGAGCAAAUAAACUUGUUUAAAGAUCGUAUUAACAAAACAUUUGCCGAAACCGAUGAACGAAUUAACAAUAUUCAUAACUUUACCAAAGUUAAAAAAGAUUCUGAAGAUUUAUUGAAUAAAAUUGAAAAAAUGGACAUUAAAGCUGAUGGUUUGGAAAAAAAUUCAAUCGACGUAUUGAACAAAGUGAACAAAGCCUACAAUGAAUCUAUCGGAGCUGGAAAUAAAGCAAAAUUAGUUCUUCAAUCGGCUGUCGAGGUUGUUGAUUCUAUACAGCAUUUGGAAAACAACAUAGCAGAACAUCCUGGCAAUCAAAAUUCCGAAGUUAUUCUUGCAGAAAGUGAACAAAUUUUAUUGGAAUUGCAAAAACCAUUUGUUGAUGAAUAUAUGUCACGCUAUGAUAAAGAUACCAAUGUGUUCAAUGAUACUUUGAAAGCCGCAAAUGAUUUCUACACAUUGUGGCUAGGUAUGAAAGAUGACAUUGAAACAGCAUCAACGCGUCGAAAUAACAUAAGUGGUUUGAUAAAUGAGUUGAAAAACUUUACCUAUUCAGCACGCAGUAAUACGAUUGAUGCAGAAAAAAUAAUUCAGAAUGGAUUACGAGAAGCUAUAGACAAUGGAAUCGAAACAAUCAAGUCACAAAUGAAUCAGGCUGAAUCGACCAUGCAAAAUGCAAGCAACCACAUUGAUCAAACUAAAGAAAAUGUAGUUGCAUUAGAAAAUAUGAAAAUCGACAUUGAACAACAAGAAAAUCGGUUAACAGAUAGUGAAAAAAAGCUUCAACAAAAACGUGAUGAAAUCAACGAUUCAUUAAUGGAACUAGAUAAAGAUGUAUCGGAUGCAGAAAAACAUGCAGAAGAACAAAUACUACAAAGCAGCUAUCUAAAUCAAUUAAUUUCAUCGACAAAAAAUCAAGCAACAGAUCCGUUGAAAGCAGCCAAUGCAUACGAUAAUAUAAGCACUACUGUCCAAGAAAGUGAAUUUAUGUUGAAUGAAUUGAAAGAAACAAUCAACACGGAGAAUACCAUCAAAGACGACUUGGAACAUCUGAAAGAGAUAAAUCAAGAACCUACAGCUACGAAAAUUGACAGACAUUUGAAUGAUUUGGCUGAUCAACUUCGUGAACGUGAAUCUACCAUCAAUCAUGCUGAUUUGCUUUCCAUGGACAAUGGCAAACAAUUUGAGAAUGUCAAUCAGAGUCUAUAUAAUUUGGAAUCAGUACCGAUUGGCAUCGACCAAAUAGAAACAGCUACAAAUAUUGUACAAGAUACACAACGCAAAGUCAAUAGCUUAAUCGAUUCAAUAGAUAAUCUAAAAGAUGGCUCUAAAGAUAUUAAGGACUAUUCGGAAUUUGUCAGCGAUGUCAAAGAGAGCAAAGACUAUGUCGACAGAUUUCAAAGGGAUGUCGAACGGAUGAAAAAUAUUUCCACAUCUGAUGAAAUCAAUGAAUUGAAUAAAGAAUUUUCGAAAAUGCAAUCGACAAUUUCGAACAAAAUUGCAGAUCUGAAGAAACGAAUUCAGCUAGCUCGUCACCAAGCAAACAAUAUGCGCGUCGGAGUCCGAUUUGGUGAAAAUUCUGUACUAGAACUAAAUAAUCCACCAAAUCUGGUAGAAUCUUCAACUUACAACAAGUUUUCAAUGAGAUUCAAAGGUGAAUAUCCUGAAGGAAUGUUAGUCUACAUUGGCAAUCCAAUUGAUGAAACAAAUGAAUUGGUAAAACGAGAUGUAGAAUUGGAUGAAAUGACCAAAACAAAACGGAAAUCGAUCAACUAUGAUUACAUGUGUUUGGAAUUGCGAAGAGGAAGAGUGGUGCUUGUCUGGGACCUUGGUGCAGGUAAUCCAACCACUAUUGAAGAUACACAAAACACAUACGAUCAAAAAUGGCAUCAAAUCAUAGUCGAACGUUUUGGUCGUUUGAUACGAUUGAAGGUAUUGACCGAUAAAGUGGAAACUGUAUCGCAACAGAUAGCACCAGGAUCGGCUAGUGUUUUCAAUUUGGACCGAGAUCAAUCCAGAAUAUUUAUUGGCGGUGCACCUCCAAACGUUCAGCUCAGUCCGACCAUCAAAAAUCGUCACUUUUAUGGUGUUAUCUCCAACGUUUUUCUUGACAAUGAACCAUUGGGCUUGUGGAAUGCUAAAGAAUCGUACAACAUUCAAGGAGAUGAACAGGCUAAUGAAUCAUUCACUGAAAAUAAUAUACGUUUUAAUGGAAAUAGCUAUAUAAUUUUGGCCCGAAACGAUCUGAACUUUAAGGACACUGUGUUUGUCAGUUUCCAAUUCAAAACAUUCAACAAAAACGGCUUACUGUUUUUGAUUGGAAGUCCUUUAUCGGCAAAAAAAUCAUAUUUUUCGAUCGAAUUAAAUGAUGGCAAAGUAGUGGUCAAGUAUGAUUUGGGAAGCACAUUCACGAAAGUUCCCUCCGAACAAACAUACAAUGAUGGACAAUGGCAUUUCAUCAAGGUUAACCGGGAAGGCAAAGAAUGUUUAGUUACGGUGGACAACCGUGAUGAACAAUCUGGAUUUGCUAUGGGAUUGAGCACCGACUUGACAACGGAUGAUAAUAUCUAUGUUGGUGGAUUCCGAGGAAUGAAUCCUUAUUAUGAAGUCACCAAAGAAGGAUUUGAUGGUUGCAUUAAAGAUCUGCAAAUCGAUUCAACUCAACAAAAUCUCAUCAAGCAUAAAGAAUCGUUUGGCGUGACUAUCGGUUGUUCAACGUUCGUACGGGUGGUCUCCUUUAGCAUUGAAAUGGUCUCUACUCGGGCAUAUGUAGAGUUUCAAAAUCAAACAAUCGAUCCAAUGAAAAACGAUGCUGACAGAAACGAUAUGAUACAAAUCACUUUCAAAUUCCGUACUUUGGUCAAAUCGGGCCUGCUUUUGCAUUUGACUAACGCACAAUGGGAUAAGUUUGUCAUUGUAUAUUUAUCGGAAGGAAUGCUCAUUUUACGAACAAGUAAUAAUCAAUUGUUACGUACCGAUUCUCAAUACUAUAAUGACAAUAAGUGGCACUUUAUUACGAUCAAUUUUAAUCAAAGAACGUUAGACAUGGAUGUAGAUGAUAUUAAUUCAUUCAGUAUCGAUAUCAAUGAUCCAAUGGAUUUUUCUCGAUUGGAUACCGUAUUCGUAGGUGGCAUGCAAAGUGAUCGUUAUGAUUAUUUGUUUUCACAAUUUACUGGCUGCAUAGGUGACAUAUCUAUCAAUUAUAAAUUUUUAAAUUUUGCUGAUUCCAACAAUUUAAAAAAUGCCGUUUUCAAAAAGUGUCCAUUAUCCAUCAAUGAAGAUGAAAUUCUUGUCAGGAAUUUCAAAGAUACAAUAAUGCCAGAAACAUACACAAAACCACCUAGUCAACUGAAUCUACCAAGAAUAGAAAACUGUGUAUUGCCUCCAAUACCACAAGCAGAACAAGAUUCUUCUGAUCCUGAAGAAAAAAGAUUCGGCAGUACCCUUUCGAGUCGUUAUGAAUUUCCAAUAACGAAUGAUGUAGCAAAAGGUUUGGAAGGUGAAAGUGGCUUUCAGCUUAAAUUCAAAACCACUCAAACGGAUGGUAUUCUAUUCUACAUAACAUCACAAAACAACAUUGACUUUGUGGGCCUUUAUUUUCUCAAUAAUAAACUGCAUUAUAGUUUUGAUUGUGGCUCUGGUCGUGCUGUUGCCGUCUUACCAUCCAAUUAUAAUGAUGAUCAAUGGCAUACGGCAACAUUCAGUCGUAAAGGCAGAAUUGGCCUAUUGCGAGUUGACGAAGAAACGGUCGAAGUAAUAUCAACAGCUGGCACUUCAGCAUUAAAUGUUAAAUCGCCAAUAUUUGUGGGUGGAGUUCCCAAAGAAUUACGUUCACAAAUCAAAAGUCAUCUAAAAAGUGCUGACAAAAAUGAUUAUAAUUAUGUAAUGUCUUCAUUUGCUGGCUGUAUUCGAGACAUUAAAGUACGAGAUAUUGAAUAUAAAUUUAAAGAUGGCCGCGAAUAUGAUGUUGCUCAAUGUUCAAUGCAAAAUGAGAAUGGCCACUUUUUCCAUUAUGGUGGAGGUUAUAUAAAAUUGUUCGAUGAAUUUAGGGUUCGAGUUGAAUUCACGUUGAUCAUGCAGAUAAAACCCAGAAAACCGUAUGGUAUUUUGGCUGCCGUUUUUGGCAAAGUCGAUUAUUUGGUACUCUAUUUGGACAAAGGAAAACUUUUCUUUUCAGUCGAUAACGGCGCGAUUCCUAUCACUGCAAGUGACGAUGUUAAAGGCGGUAUUUGUGAUGGUAGAUGGCAUACGAUUAAGGCAUUGAAAAUCAAAAAUUUGGUCAUGUUGACAAUUGAUGAUCAACCAACAGUAAUUAGCACUGGACAGCCUGGAAUCUCAUCCACUGAUACCAAGGAUCCACUUUACAUUGGUGGUUUACCUUCAAAGCUGAAAGAAGAAAAAAGUUCUGAACUCAACAAUGUAAAAGAUAAUUAUCUUGGUUGUUUACGAAUCGAGAGCAUCAAUGGAAUGCCUCAAACAUUGAACAAUGCUAAAAUUGAAGGCGAAGUAACAUUGAAUACUUGUCCAAUCAAUUAAUUGAAAAAAAUUUUGAUGAAAUUAGAAUAGAAUAAAAUAUCAGAUAAUUAAAAAAAUCAGAAUAA